AUGGGCCAUCAAGGUGUGGACAAACUGUACAACAGGAUACAGAAAAGGUUCGAGUGGCCUGGUUUGAAGAAGGCUUGUGAAAGGUGGAUCUCUGUAUGCUUGUCGUGUCAACAGGCGAAGGACCCAAUGAAACUGCGGUUCCCCCUUCAGUCAAUACAGUCGUCAGGAUUCAAUGAAAUGGUGCAAAUUGAUCAUCAGAAGAUAUGCAUGACAGCCACGGCGAGACACGGUUGCACCAUCACAAUCCAAUCAGACAAUGGCAAAGCAUUCUUGGGUGAUCUCACGAAGGAGUUGAUGAAGAGGUCGCAAGUGGGACAGGCCCACUCGACCACUUAUCUCCCACAAACGAAUGGCCUAGUUGAAAGGAAAAAUCGCACGUUGGUAUCCAUGUUGAGAGCUUUUUGCUCACGCUACAUGGAUGACGGGGAUAGACACUUGCCGCAAGUGAUGGGCGCUUACAACAGCCCAGAACAUUCCACCACGGGAAUAAGUCCGCAUAUGAUGCUAACUGGUCACGAAAAAUCUCUUCUGUUAACGAUCUUCUACCCGGAGUACAAAUGA